AUGCUGUUCACAUCUUUCACCACCGCUCUGGCGCUUGCCAGCAGCGCGGCUGCUAUUCCUACUUUUGGCCUCGAGCCUCGUCAGGCUGCGACCCUCAAUGCUGCUAUUGUUGCGCGAGGCCGCUCGUACAUUGGUACUUCGUUGACGAUCCGCAGCGACACCCAAGAGUCGAACAUCAUCAAGUCGGAAUUCGGCUCAAUCACACCAGAGAAUUCUAUGAAGUGGGACGCGACUGAGCCAAACCGUGGACAAUUCACCUUCAAUGGCGCUGACCAGGUUGCAAACUUCGCGACCCAGAACAACAAGCAGAUGCGCUGCCAUACACUGGUCUGGUACUCCCAAUUGCCCAGCUGGGUCAACCAGAUCAACAACAACGCCACAUUGAUGAGUGUCAUGGAGAACCAUAUCAAUACUGUCAUGGGUCGUUACAAGGGCAAAUGCACCCACUGGGAUGUCGUGAAUGAAGCACUCAACGAAGACGGCACGAACCGUGACAACGUUUUCCUCCGCGUCAUCGGCGAGCAAUACAUGCCCAUCGCCUUCCGCAUGGCCGCUGCUGCUGACCCAGCCGCCAAGCUCUACUACAACGACUACAACCUCGAGUACGGCGGUGCCAAGCACACGGGUGCUCUCCGCAUCGUCAAGCUUGUUCAAUCCUGGGGCGUUAAGAUCGAUGGUGUUGGUCUCCAGGCCCAUCUGACCUCAGAGUCAACCGGAACACAGAACACUCCUACCCCCAGCGUCGCAGUCCUGACGAAGACGCUGCAAGACUAUGCUGAUCUCGGUGUUGACGUUGCGUACACUGAGCUCGACAUUCGCUCCAACACACCGAGCAACUCGGGCAAGGAGACUGUUGCAGCUGCGGCUUGGGCUCGUGUUGCUCAGAGCUGCAUCAAUGUUUCGCGCUGUGUUGGUAUUACAAUCUGGGGUGUCAAGGACGGAUACAGCUGGGUCCCAGGAACGUUUCCCGGUGAGGGAUCUGCUCUGCUCUGGAACGACAGCUACCAGAAGAAGCCUGCUUACACUGCUUUCCUCAACGUCCUGAACGGACAGAACGUCACUCUGGCCUAA